UGGUCUUUCGUUUUUGUUAUUUUUUAUUUCUCAACUAAAGAAAAAAAGAAAAAAAGAAAAAAAAAAAAAAAAAAAAAAGGUUAGAGCAAAACAUAAGUUAUUAUAUUAGGCUUGGAGGGGUGAGAGCGCAAAGCUGUCAAUUUAUUAGAUUUUUUUAUUUUUUGUUUUUUUGUCUUUAAGGCGGCGAACCUUUAUUAAUAUAUUUUUUUUUUGUCUUUAAUUUUUAAAUUGGAGGCGGCGAGGCGUACCUUUAUGGUAAGUAAGUUGCCUAUAAAAGGGCCCUCAUUAUCUAUAGGAUUUUAGGUUUUGUAAAGAACGAAGGUUCCAAGAAUUCAGUCAAGCGGCGGCUCUCUCUGGCCCGCAGGUACGAUCAGUCUAAUUUCUCAGAAGUUUGAUCUCCGUUCUGCCGUGGAAACUUAGUUCAUCGCGUUGAUGCCCAGAAGCAUUACGAAGCCUGUCAAAAGGAGAGAAAAAGAUAUGGAAGAAAUUUUGAUUGGUUAUAAGUUUCUUCCAACCGACAGUGAGUUGAUUCAGUAUCUUGUGUGCAAGGCGAAGGAAGAAGCCCUACCAUGGGAGGGUGUUGUGAAGGACUGUGACGUUUAUGGCAAGGAGCCCUCAGAGCUUUUUGAGGGUUCGGAAGAGAAUGUUCUUUAUUUUUUCACCAAGUUGAAGAAGAAGCACGGAAACGGGUCGAGGAUUGAUCGUGUGACGGCGACGAUGGGUACAUGGAAGGGGCAAGACAAGGCUAAACCUAUAAUAAAAGAUGUCGAUGGUACUACUGGUACCGGUGAGGGAGAUGAUCAAGAAACUGGCUUGAUAGGAAGGAAGAGAACUUUUACCUAUAGAAUGAAAUCGGAUGCUAAGGCGGCGAAGGCCAAGAGUGGAUGGAGCAUGACUGAAUAUAAUCUUGACGGCACUAAUCUCCAAAGAGCAAAAGUCAAAGACUAUGUAAUUUGUCGAAUUAAAAGGCAAAAGCAGGAAGAAAUUAAGUUGGAAUCCCAAGUUAAGGUGAUGCAAGCGGAGGAGUGCAAAGUGACAGUAACUCCGGCACUUGAAGACUGCAAUACCAUCACACAUGCAAUGGAACCCAUAUUACAAGACUGCAGCAACCUCAUCACAGAAGCAAUCGAAUUUGAUGGAACAACAGUACUAACGCAACCAGAAGAAGAAGAAGAUUGCAUGGAUUGGUUGAACGAUUUUGACUGCAGCAACCUCAUCACACAAUCAAUUGAAUUUGAUGGAAAAACAGCACUGAUAGAAGCUGAAGAUUGCAGCAACCUCAUCACACAAGCAAUUGAAUUUGAUGGAAAAACAGUACUAAUGCAAGCUGAAGACUGCAGCAACCUCAGCACACAAGCAAUUGAAUUUGAUGGAAAAACAGUAUCAACGCAACCAGAAGAAGAUUGCAAUUGGUUGAACGAUUUUGCUACACAACUCUUCCAGAAUCAAGAACAUUUAGGAGACAGUGAAAUACUAAUGUUGCCCAACAUUUUUUAUGCAGAUAGUUGGUCCCUCUCAGCUUGAUUUAGAUUGUCUACAAUCAACUAGUGUACCCUGCUUUUAACUGUGUUUGGGUUAUGUGUGUAACUUUGUGCAAAAUUUUAUAAGUACAUGAAGAUAAAUU